AGAAAGUCAUGUCUGAAAUAUGUGGAUGAUCUAAAGACGCCGAAUAUGCUAUAAAUCUUCUAUCAAGCUUCUAUAAACCCUGUUACUUCGCGACACUAUGCCUGCACUACCUCUCGGAAAGUUAGCUAUUCUAACUGUCAAACAGGUCGCUAAACCUAUCUCAAAGGGUCUGAAAAAUGGAGCCAAGAACUCGAGUAUCUUAAAAAACUACGUCAUACUGCCAGUCGCUCAAGGUGUACAUUGGGUCGAUGUUAAAGUCAAGACUAGAUUAAUGGGUGCUGCCAACGCUAAGGUAUACAAACUAAACGAGAAGUUGGCGGUGGAGUACGGAGCUGAAUUCAUCUCGGAGUUCUUUCUCUACGCUUUUGGGAGUGCGAUUCUUCUUUAUGAAUAUAAUAGAAGUGCUAAUAAAGAAGAACGAAAAGAGAGACAGAUAAAAAAGAAUACAGAACGGAUCGAGGACGAGCUAUUGAAACUAAGAAUGAUUCGUUAGAAUCAGUGUUUAUAAUCGAGGAGCAAGGAGCUGAAAUCAGAUCAUUACAAAGACAAGUGGGAAAUCUUCACACUCAGAUAGAGGCACUAAAGGAACAAACCCCGGACCCAUCCUAACAUCUCCUCCAGCCGUCCCAGUUCCCACAUCAUUGUUUAUUUUGAUUGAUAUUUGAGCUUUGUGUGAUUUAGUUCAUAGUUUCAUGAGAAAACAGCUAAUUUUGAUUUAUAUGAUCUAUUGAUAUUUACACAAAUUUACAGGUUUUAUAUGUAGAUUCUUUAAGUUUAACUUAUUCUGUAAUUUAUUACUAUGAUAACAUUUUGUGUCGUGCUUAUUA